AUGAAAUACGCUGUAUUUUUACUAGUUAUCGCAUUUUGCAGCGACGCUUUCGGAAUUAACACCGUGUCAACCUUAAAUGUGACACAAUAUCUUGGCCGCUGGUAUCAGAANAGUUCUACAUCAUCUGGCUCUAGAACGAGUCGGAACCGCUCUUCAACCUCGAAUGCGGAGGAAGUCCACAUAGGCAAAUAUCGUCUGAUAAAAACUAUUGGGAAAGGGAAUUUCGCUAAAGUGAAACUCGCCAAGCAUGUACCGACGGGAAAGGAGGUGGCCAUCAAGAUUAUUGACAAGACGCAGCUUAACCCGAGCAGCUUGCAAAAGUUGUUUCGAGAGGUCAGGAUCAUGAAGUUUCUUGACCAUCCCAACAUUGUGAAGCUCUAUGAGGUCAUAGAAACUGACAAGACUCUGUACCUUGUCAUGGAGUACGCAAGUGGAGGUGAAGUUUUCGAUUACCUUGUAGCACAUGGUAGAAUGAAGGAGAAGGAGGCAAGAGCAAAGUUUAGACAGAUCGUAUCUGCUGUGCAGUACUGCCAUCAGAAGCAUGUUAUUCAUAGGGAUCUCAAGGCUGAAAAUUUACUUUUAGACGGAGACAUGAACAUUAAGAUAGCAGACUUUGGUUUUAGUAAUGAAUUCACUCCAGGCAACAAACUAGAUACCUUUUGUGGCAGCCCACCUUAUGCAGCACCAGAGCUGUUUCAAGGGAAGAAGUAUGACGGCCCAGAGGUUGAUGUCUGGAGUUUAGGUGUAAUUUUAUACACUCUAGUCAGCGGGUCACUUCCAUUUGAUGGACAAAAUUUAAAAGAAUUAAGAGAAAGAGUACUCCGAGGAAAAUAUAGGAUACCUUUUUAUAUGUCGACAGACUGUGAGAAUCUAUUAAAGAGAUUUUUAGUGCUUAAUCCAACAAAACGAUCUAGACUAGAGCAAAUUAUGUCAGACAAGUGGAUGAAUUUAGGAUAUGAUAAUCAAGAUCUUAAACCGUAUAGUGAACCUACACCUGAUUUUAAAGAUGAAAGAAGAAUAGAAAUUAUGCUUCAAAUGGGAUUUUCAAGAGAUGAGAUCCAGGAAGCUUUGUCAAACAAUAGAUAUGAUGAGGUCAUGGCCACGUACCUCCUCUUGGAUGAGAGAAGGCAAAAAUUAACAUUGAAUGGCUCCAGUGACCCACUGAUGGAAAACACUAGUGCACCAAGACCAAGUACAUCUAUGCCGUCUGGUGUGCCUGCUCCUAUUCGGCCAAGCCGAGCCAGUGCGAGGCGGGAGAGAGGAGAUCGUGAAUUACCUAGAAGGUAUACUGAAGGUCGCACUCCUCAUAAAACAGGCCCUGGUAUAAGCAGAGCUGCUACUGAAGCAGGUGGAACAGUAUCAAGUCAAGCAAAACCUAUGGGCAGAGGAGAGCGGGAUCGGGACAGAGGUGGUGUGAUAAAGAACGCCGUUCCCAACGACGAGCGAGUGCCGUCAUCUAUUGGACGAGCUUCCAAUCCUAACAAGGCCGAAAUACCUGAACGUGCAGCAGAUAGAAAUCGAAGAGGAAAGACGCAAAGGCAACACAGUAUGCCACCAGGAAUUAUCAGAAGAAACACAUAUGUUUAUGGGGAGAAACGGGCNUCACUUGUAAACAUUUUCAACAGAGCUGCUACUGAAGCAGGUGGAACAGUAUCAAGUCAAGCAAAACCUAUGGGCAGAGGAGAGCGGGAUCGGGACAGAGGUGGUGUGAUAAAGAACGCCGUUCCCAACGACGAGCGAGUGCCGUCAUCUAUUGGACGAGCUUCCAAUCCUAACAAGGCCGAAAUACCUGAACGUGCAGCAGAUAGAAAUCGAAGAGGAAAGACGCAAAGGCAACACAGUAUGCCACCAGGAAUUAUCAGAAGAAACACAUAUGUUUAUGGGGAGAAACGGGCAGAAGAGAGGAACAGCACAUCACAAACACCAUCAAGUCAGGCAAAUGGGAAAGGAGAAAGUGCAACAGAACCCGGCCCUAGUGGCAGUAGCGUGGGUGCUGGCAGACCCACUUCUAAGCAACCUCCACCAGAUCUUGGUAACAGGUUAUCACCCACACGUAGAUCUCUUCCACCAGUUGCUAUUCACCAGGAAAAUAGGCAUAGAGCCGGGAGGACAAAUCCCAACUCUGAAGUUCAACCUCCACAGUCGCGGCUUGGAACUAGAAACAUGACAGCGCGGAGUACUUUCCAUAGCGGUCAGACACGACCUCGCACCCAAAAUGGGCCCGAGAGAGCUAAUGAUCCUUUGGGCCCUGGUGGGAGACCCUCACUUCUUAGUAAGCUUACGUCCAGAUUUAGUAAGAGACCUAUGGAACAAGCUUUGUCGCCAAGAGAACCAAGAGAGGUAUCCCGAGGGAGCAUAGGAGGCAGUGGACAAGGGGCCCGAGGAGCUAGUUCAUCCGGGGCAAAGUCCGUGUAUCCGGACCCAAAGGCCCGUUCGAGCCCCAGGCGCAAAUCUCUGCGAGGAACAUUUGCUAGGCUCUCGCUCAGAAAGCACAAAAGAAGGCAGGUGUUGGCAAAUCUGCGCCUGCGCAGUUGGACCAAUCUCUGGCUAGUGCCAGUCUGUUAUUUUUUCUCUUUUCGCGCAUGCGCCCUGGACCGUGGUGAACUGAACUUAGCACUUGAUUGGUUCAACGGUGUUGGCGCCUUGUUGUUUGAAUUCAGUCUUCUUUCCACCAAACAGCCGCUAGAGUUGAUUUCAGAUGCUAUUCAAUACCUAAACCUAGGAUGUGAUUGGUUU